CCGCCAGGUCAGUCAUUACCCCAAUUGUGAUCCCUACCCCAACAACUAUUACCGAGUCAUGCAAUGGUCAUUAAAAAUUAAGAGGGAAACAUUUGAUGUGUAGUGGUGUUUGCGCACCUGGCAACCUUUCUGCAUGAUAGGAGAGGUUUAUUAGGCUAUCUAGAGUGUUCUGUAGCAUAUAAGGUGUCUUCUAGUUGUAGGAAAUGCUACACAAGACGGGGCAAAAACGUGCCGAGUGAAGAAUUAACCAACAGUUUAUGUCCUGUAAAUGUAGAUGGUGCAUGUGACCGUCUCUGAGGGGUAAGUCUGCUACGAGUGCGAGAGAGAGGUGUGGGUUACUGUAUUAGACCAAAGAUAAAAAGAUUGAUCAACAGAAGUUAAAUUGAAGGGUGUACGGGAAGGUGGAGCUUAACCAAUUCUUUGCUUUAUGUGAUGCUUUUAAUAGUUUUUAUUUAUUUAGUAUUGAGCAUUAUCACGUGCAUCGAAAGAUCUGUAAGUGUGUACGAGAAGAGUAUAAGUACCUUUUCUUCUAACAUACCUUGUUGCUUUGGUGGUACUCUCAAACAUACUCUACCUUAUUUAGUAUGCAUCUUCUACAAUGAAAGGUGCACCUUUUAAAACAUUACUCUAAAGCUAAUUGUGGCCCAUGUGCAUGCCUUUUAAAUCUUAAAAGAUAAAUAUGUAUGUUUUCAGCUGAAAGAUGGAUAUUUAAAGGUACAAAAAAAUAAGGGCUCUGCCCUAGCAACAUGGUUGAGUACCCUUUCUCAUGAGAGGUGUAGUAAGAAGUAUGGACUGAACUUCGAAUUAUAUUUAGAUAAACUUUGGCUGUAUAGUGUUUACAGCCUGGGAAAUCCUAAAUCCAAUUUGACACCAGGUUAAGUGUGUCUUGUGGUUCUCUGUUUAAAUUUAAAUGAAACGGCAUACUCCCUUUUGACACCACUGACAAUUCAGGACGAGGAAAAAUUCUGAAUAAUUCAUAGACGCGCCAGUGCACGAUAGUUGUUUCUGUCAGCAGGUGGAGUUAAAAUUGACUUAAGAAGUUCAUAGUAACCAUAGAAAUGUUUUGUAUCAAGUUGCUGAUCCUUUGUUUUACAGUGUUGUCAUUCAGAAGAGCGUUAAUCGUCAACCAUGUAUGGACGAGGAGAACUUCCGGGACCUACAGGCACCGUACCCAUAAACCCGGUUUCUACCACAGCUUACUGCACCGAUCCUCACGACAACUCUUUCUCAAAUGGACAGAUUCCCCUGCCACCAGGAUUUGUUCCCCAUCAGGUACCUGCGAUGAUGGCCUUUCCACCAGGAUAUGUGCAACGUCAGAUUCCCACGAUAAUGCCCGUCCCUCAGAGACCACCUGGAUGCCCGCCUGGACUGGAGUACUUAACCCAGGUUGACCAGCUCCUUGUGCAUCAGAAGGUGGAACUGAUCGAAGCUAUUUUCGGCUGGGAGACCAACAACCAGUAUGUUGUGAAAAAUAACGUGGGACAGCAAGUGUUGCUUGCGGUCGAAGAGAGUGACGUUUGUACGCGGAUAGUCUGCUGUUCCGGGCGCUCGUUCACCAUCCAUGUCCGGGACAACAUGGGGCAGGAAGUGCUCACUCUCACACGGCCUUUAAAGUGCAGCAGCUGCUGGUUUCCAUGCUGCCUGCAGGAACUCGAGGUCCAGGUCCCUCCUGGCACUGCCAUUGGAUAUGUGAUGCAGGACUGGCACCCGUACCUCCCCAAGUUCACCAUCAGGGAUGAGAGAAAGAGAGCAGUGCUGCGGAUCGUCGGACCUUUCUGUGACUGUAACUGCUGCUCAGACGUUGUUUUUAAGGUGACGUCCCUGGACGAGGCUUUGGUAAUUGGUAGGAUAAGCAAACAGUGGGCAGGCUUGGACACUGAAAUGUUUACGGACGCAGAUCAUUUCGGUGUGCAGUUUCCCAUGGAUCUGGACGUUAAAAUCAAGGCUGUUGUGUUGGCCGCUUGUUUCCUCAUUCUACCCUCCAGUUCCUGGUGCAAAGCGAGUGUUUAGGUAAGCCUCUCUCGCAGCUUUCCGGAUUGCUAUAACAGCAGAAGAGAGAGAGGGGCAACGUCAUGAGCGUAUGGUGGAAACCUACCAGUCGUGGUGUUACUCGUCAUCAUUCUACUCUGCUCUCCAAACCGAAUCUACUGAGUAAAAG